ACAGUGUGUAGUAGUCAGACGUUAUGGGCUUGGGGUAACCACGAUCAGACCGCGAGGAAGUAUCAGUGUUUGCCAACACAUGAAAAACUGAUUAGUAGUGUAUUUGAUAAUCUAUUUGAAAUAAUCUUAACGGAUUUGUUUCUAUAAAAAUAAAAAGAUAUAUAUAUAUUAAUAUGAUAUUUUCAGACAUGAUUGUUUCACAAUAAUAAAUAUAAAAAGCUCAACGGCAAUAAUUAAAGAUAAGUUUCAGUGACUGUAAAAUUAGUGAACCUACAGGAAGUUAAAGAAAUAAUAGUGUUAUAUAUAAAAACAUUAUUCUACAAUAAGCACAAAACUGUUUGAUCUAUUUAUUGUUCUUAAUUACUCGUUGUUAUAGUUAUAGUGAUUGCCUCAAUUUGAACUUAAUUGAUCAUAUAUAAGAAUCGGAAGUACGAAUUAAGAAAGAUAUUACAUUUACGUCAGUAUAUAACAAACGUGCGUGUUCUAAUAUCAACAAUCUCUCGGUACCAUCAAACUGUAAUCAGUUUAACACAUACGCAGCCUAUAUCAUGUAAAUUAAUUGUAGAUAAAUAUUAAGAUAAUAACAAAGUAACCGAAGAAGUAUUACAAACAGCGAUUUACAUUAAUUACUUGUUAUUAUGUUAAUCUCAGCGACACUGUAAAUGAUUUGAAAAUAAGAACGUGGUAAAUCACAAAAUGAAGGAAUUCUCGUGGAUGAAAGUGGAAACCUGCAGCCGAGAGGUAAACGGCUUCUAGAUAACGGUCAUAGUAAACGGUAUUCGAUCUUCUUCUUCACGUGUAUACCAGUGUUUUGUAAUCGGCGUGUAACUUCAAUAUUUUCCUCGAAUUCUGCUCUCUUUACGAUUCGAUACUUUCUAUUACCGUACCUACUUCCGGUUAUAAACGGAAACCGCAAUAAUUGUCAAGGUGCCCGGGAGAAAAGUACAACUGAAAAAUAUUUACCACGAGAGAAGUAUGAUCGAUCACGUUAUCAGAAAAAAUAUACGAAUCGGCGUUGAUACAAUGAUCAUAAAAACGAUUCUGUUAUCGCUUUAAAUUGUCAGCCAGUGUUAUCGCCUGAUUGAUCUCGAGUUAUUAAACAUGACAUCAGAGAAAGAAAAGAAGAGCUUCUUUAGCGUUGUUAAACGACUUCUAUUUCAAUGAAGUCAUUUCUGAGAUUUCGAAGGAAGAACGAUUCGUCGGCAAAAUAAAAGUUUUAAAUUUAAGACUCAACAACGUGUGUUCAAUGUAAAACAUAUAACACCCUGAGAUAGUAUCGUGUCAGCGGUAAUCAUCGUUUCUUCGCAUUAACGGUAAAUAAGGAAGAAUCAUCGGUGAAUUAUGAAGAUGAAAGUUGCGCAAAAUGUUUUCAAAACCGGCAAAUCUGUAAACGUUUCCAAUAAAGUUACCGCGUUGAAACAAUGUGCAUCUGGUUGCGAUUGCACAGGCGCGUCGCAAGCAUCGAGGAUCGAUGAUCCCUCCGAUAUCUCGAAAUCUAUAGAUGGCGCGAAUAAGUCGAACAUAAAGACCACAGAAAAAUCGCGCGACAGAAAACUUGCUACUGUGGUGACAACGGCGUCCAAAAGUGUUAUACGGGAAGCACCAGAACCACGGGGAAUUCCUGUUUUUGGGACGCUUUUGUCAUUCAUUCUUUCUGGCGGCCCAAAAAAGCAACAUGAAUACGUUCAUAGAAGACACAAGGAAUUGGGUCCAGUUUAUAGGGAACGUUUAGGACCAGUUACAGCAGUUUUCGUAAAUUCAAUCCAUGAGUAUCGAAGAAUUUUUAGACUAGAAGGUUCGGCGCCAAAACAUUUCCUACCAGAAGCUUGGACACUUUACAACGAAAUACGGAAAUGUCGCCGCGGUUUACUGUUCAUGGAUGGCGAGGAAUGGAUACAUUUUCGUAAGAUUUUAAAUAAAGUAAUGUUAGUACCAGAUCCAACAAAUUUAAUGUUUGAGCCGUGUCAAGAGGUGGCCAUUGGACUUAGACAGAAAUGGCAGAAACAGAUUAAGACUGAUGCUAUCAUAACGAAUUUACAGGUUCAACUUUAUCAAUGGUCUAUCGAGGCAAUGAUGGCCACGUUAAUGGGACCCUGUUGGCAUUUUCAUAAGAAACAGUUGUCUCGAGACUUCGAAAUAUUAGCGAAAACGUUGCACAAAAUAUUCGAGUAUUCAGCUAAAUUAUCCAUUAUACCAGCUAAACUAGCUAUGAAUUUACGCUUACCUGUUUGGAGGAAAUUUAUUGCAUCAGCUGACACAGCUUUCGAAAUUGUUCGAGUACUGGUCCCGGAAAUGACUAAAUUAGGUGGCGACGGUUUGUUAAAGAAAAUGAUGGAUGAAGGUAUUCAAACCGAAGACGCAAUCUGCAUCGUUACCGAUUUCAUUUUAGCAGCUGGUGAUACGACAGCGACCACCUUGCAAUGGAUAUUGUUACUGUUAUGUAAUCAUCCCGAAAGGCAAGAGGAACUAUUUGAACAAUUGAAGGAUCUUUCACAGAGAGAUAUAUUGCACGUACCAUUAUUAAAAGGCGUAAUCAAAGAAUCUCUUCGACUGUAUCCUAUAGCUCCAUUUAUAUCUAGAUAUUUACCGGAAGACAGUGUGAUUAGUAAUUACUUUGUACCAAAAGGGGAGCUACUCGUAUUAUCACUUUAUUCGAGUGGUCGCGACGCUGCGAACUUUUCGCAACCAAAUGAGUUCCUUCCGGAAAGAUGGAUUAGAACGGAAAAAGGCACUUAUCAAGGUGUAAUUCAUCCACAUGGGAGUUUACCAUUCGCCUUAGGCGUUAGAAGUUGCAUUGGUCGAAAAUUAGCAGAAAUACAAAUAUCGCUUGCAUUGGCAGAGUUGAUUAAAUCAUUCAAAAUAGAAUGUAUAAAUAAGGAUCAGGUUAAAUUAAUUUUACACUUGAUAUCUGUACCGUCGGAGUCGAUGAAGUUAAAGCUGCUGGAGAGAAACUAAUAGAUAAUAUAUCGAAGUCAAAUAUCAUUCAAGGAAAGUA